AUGAUGAUGAGUGCAUCAAAACAUCCUAUUCUUGCAUCUAUUUUUUCACUCCUCAUUUUCUUGUCCUUGAGACCACUCUACACAAUCUCUUGCCCUGAAAUCGAAAACCAAUCACUUCUAACAUUCAAGCAAUCUCUGCAGGACCCUUCAAACCUGUUGUCUUCGUGGGAUGCCAAAGUCAAUUGUUGCUCGUGGAAGGGUGUUGUUUGCAGCAACAUAAUUGGCCAUGUCGUUGAGCUUCAUCUUCGAGGUGAUUUAAGUGGCGAACUAAAUCCUUCUUUGCUCAACUUAAUUCAUCUCAAAUAUCUUGACUUGAGCCAAAACACAUUUGGAGAAAAUCUCCCUUCCUUCAUAGGAUCAUUCACUAGACUCGAGCACCUGAAUCUAUCGUCCGCUGGAUUCUACGGAAAGAUUCCCCAUAGUAUUGGAAAUCUUUCGAAUUUGCAUACUCUAAGUUUGGAUAAUGCAGGCCCGUAUGCACUAAAUGUCGACAAUCUUGAAUGGUUGUCAGGGCUUUCUAAACUGGAGUAUCUCAACAUGAAUAGUGUGAACCUGAGCAGAGCAAACAAUUGGCCACAACAGGUGAUCAUCCCACUCCCUUCUUUAGUUGAGUUGCAUUUAAGUGGUUGUAGUCUUAGUUUCACAUCUCCUGUAAAUGAUGUUUAUAAUAUCAGCCAUUCUAAUCUAGUUACUCUUGACCUAUCCUCAAACAACUUUGAUGACCAAUCUCAUUCCAUCAUCCCUUCCUGGAUUUUUCAACUCAGCAAUCUUAUCCAUCUUGAUAUGUACUACAAUUCAUUCAAAGGCCCAAUUGCAACUGUGACAAAUGCCACAAAACUCCAACACAUUGAUCUCUCUAUCAAUUACUUCAGUACCAUUCCAGAGUGGCUCUACUCCUACAAAAACCUCAAGUACGUCAAUAUGGGAACCAAUAAUCUAAAAGAUGGAUUUUCCAGUUCAAUAGGAAAUCUGACUUUUCUCAAUACCCUCGAUUUAAGUUGGAACAACCUUUCCGGUAAAAUACCAAGAGAAAUUGCAACCCUGUGCAAUAUCCAGACCUUGCAGUUAACUGAUAAUAAGUUGGUAGGAGAGAUAAAUGAUUCAUUUGGAAAUAUGUCAGAUUGUUUCUUAGGAUCUUUGGAAUACUUAUAUCUGUCAGGAAAUCAACUCUCUGGUCAUAUGACUCGUCAAUUCGGAGAACUUGGACGCCUUCAGACCCUCGAUCUUAGCGAAAACUCAUUGUCCGGUGUAAUUCCAGAUGAAAUAGGGAACUUGUUUUCCCUUGAAGAAUUAUGGUUGAGCCAUAACAAAUUGACGGGAAACUUACCCGAGAGUAUUGGGAGACUUGUGAACUUGACACGUCUUUCUAUAGAAGGUAACAUGUUGGAAGGAGUUGUGACUGAAACCCACUUUGCCAAUCUCUCGAAUUUCAUGUUCCUGGAAGCUUCUGGAAACCACUUGACUCUAAAAGUCAACCCCAAUUGGAUUCCACCAUUCGAACUAUAUACGCUUCGCCUAGGCUCUUGGGACUUGGGAUCUGGCUCUCGGAUUCCAUCAUGGCUUGAGACACAAAAAAAGAGACUCUCCAUUCUUGAUUUGUCAUGUACUGAAAUCUAUGGAGACAUUCCCAGUUGGUUAUGGAGAAUGAAUUUUCUCAACCUUUCGCAUAACCAACUCAACUCUAAGAUUCCAGUCAUCAGUGACCCUGUAGAUGAUUAUGGUAGCUCUAACCAGUUUUUCUACUUGAGCUUCAACAGGUUUAGUGGUCCAUUGCCUCGACUAAAGAAAAAUGCAACCGACUUAGAUCUCUCCAAUAACUCAUUCUCGGGAGAUUUGUCAGAGUUUCUCUGCAACACAGCACCUAAUGCACUGCAAUAUCUUAAUCUUGGGGGAAACAAUCUAUCUGGAGAGUUGCCGGCCGAAUGUUUUGUGAAAUGGAAAUCACUGAAAGUGUUGAAUUUAUGCAACAAUAACUUGUAUGGAAGAAUACCGGAUUCCAUAGGAUAUCUUACACGUUUAGAGUCCUUGAAUCUGUACAACAACAAUUUCUAUGGCCACGUACCUUCUUCACUGCAAAACUGCGUGCAACUAGUGAAUAUCAACGUUGCUGAUAACAAUCUUGGUGGGGACAUACCGAAAUGGAUUGACGCGAGAUUUUACCAGCUAAGAAUUCUCAUUUUGCGCUCAAACAAUUUCAUCGGUGAAAUUACUGCAUCUAUGUGCCAACAAAGCUCUCUUCAAAUCUUGGAUCUCUCUCACAACAGGCUUUCGGGGAGAAUACCUAGCUGCCUCAACAAUCUUACCGCGAUGACCAGAAGAAUAAUUUUGGAUAGAGUAUAUUCGGUUCAUUAUUCAAAAUACAGUACAAUAUUUCAAGAAAGCGCAUCGAUUUCCACAAAGGGAAAGGAACUCUCCUACAGCACAACUCUCUUUAUGGUUACCAAUUUAGACCUUUCUGUGAACAAUCUAUCCGGUGAAAUCCCGAGGGAAAUAACAAGUCUAGUUGAACUCAGGUCACUGGACUUGUCCCGAAAUCGGUUAACAGGAUGGAUCCCAGACAAAAUUGGAUUCAUGAAGCAACUUGAAUCUCUUGAUCUGUCAAUGAACUCGCUGUCGGGAAAGGUUCCAGGUAGCAUGUCAGAUAUGAAUUUUCUGAAUUACAUGAAUCUGUCGUUCAACCACUUAACAGGGAGAAUCCCAGAAAGCACCCAAAUUGGGAGCUUCAACGAGUCGAGCUUCAUCGGCAACAAUCUUUGUGGCCUUCCAUUGAAGAUUUCUUGCGAAAAUGACGGUAGUUUUGUGGAGAAACAAGGCCAAGAAGGCGAUAAGGCAGAGGAGAUUGAUUGGUUUUAUGUAUUCCUAUCUUUAGGAUACGCUGUUGGUCUUUCAGCUGUUCUGACUACUUUGUUUUUGAAGAAGAAAUGGAGAGGAGCGUAUUAUGCGUUCUUUCACCAAGUGUGGGAGAGUGUUUAUGUGUACUUGAUUAUCAGAUGGAGAAGGCUCAUGAGAGUGUUGGGUCAAAAUUCGUGA